AUGCACAACACAGCAGUCUACCGUACAUCAGCCAGCGUGGAUGCGGCGCGGUUACGGCACGCGGUGAAGACGGUGCUCUUUAACCAGGUGUGUCUGUCUGGUCCUGUGGUGGUGCUCACCUACAUGGUGAUGAAGAGGCGAGGCGAGCCGUGCGGCCCGGAGCUGCCCACCUUCCACUGGGUGCUGCUGGAGCUGGCCGUCUGCGGCCUGAUGGAGGAGAUACUCUUCUACUACACACACAGGCUCGUUCACCAUCCGUCGCUCUAUAAGAGCAUCCAUAAGAUCCAUCACGAGUGGACGGCUCCUGUUGGAGUGGUGGCGCUCUACGCUCAUCCGGUGGAGCAUGUGCUGUCGAACAUGCUCCCGGCUCUGAUGGGUCCGAUUCUGCUGGGCUCACACGUCUCCACCACCAGCCUGUGGUUCACCAUCGCUCUGCUGGUCACUACGGUCUCUCACUGCGGCUACCACCUGCCCCUGCUGCCCUCGCCCGAGUUCCACGACUACCACCAUCUCAAGUUCAAUCAGUGCUACGGAGUGCUGGGAGUGCUGGACAGGCUUCACGGGACGGACGAGAAGUUUCGUAAUGCUAAAGCGUACGAGCGGCACACGGUCCUGCUGGGUUUGACCCCGCUGAGCGAGAGCAUCCCUGACCAUCCCAAGAAAGCACAGGAAUAACCGCGCUUCACUUCAUUCCAUGAACAUAAACACUACAUGAACUGAUCAGCAGGUCUAAUGGAUCUCAAACGACCCGCUGACAUGCAGAGACCCUGUUCAUGAGGUUAUCAGUUCCUUUUAUUGUUCAUCUUCUGUGUCACUUCUCAUAUUGUGUCAGAAUAGUAUUAUUGCACAUUUAUGCAGAGGAUCAAAAUGAUUUUAAUUCUGUAUUUUAGCACUGAAAUCUACUAAUGGUUUUUGGAAAUGAACAUUGUACUCUUUCUGUCCCCUGAUCAUUCCUGACAUCAGUUUCUGUAGUUUAUCAUCAAACCUCUCAUUAAAGCUGAUCUGCUGUACCGGGUGUGUUUGCAUUAUU